AUGCCUGUUGGUAAGAGCGUUGUCGAGGGUUUCAAUACAACGUUUCUCCAUCUUGGUGAGAUAGUGGAUCUCGAGAUCCAUGGUGACGAUAGGGGUGUUGUUGGUGAAGAUGAUGGAACCAUUGUAAGGCUGCAAAAUGAGGCGGCAAGCCUGUCGAGCGCGGGAAUGGGUGAUGUUUUCUAUUUGGUCGAUGUAUUUGAUACCUCCAUAUAUCGGUUCCCCGACAUGCCUAUUGGUAAGAGCACUGUCGAGGGUUUCAAUAUAACGUUUCUCCAUCUUGGUGAGAUAGUGGAUCUCGAGAUCCAUGGUGACGAUAGGGGUGUUGUUGGUGAAGAUGACGUAUGUGCUGAUGCACGGUUUGAGGGAAAUAUAUUCAUCUCCAAUAUGAAAUGA